AGAAAUUGUUCACGGCAGAUGGUAAUUACGUCAGAACAAUUUAAUUGAAUGAAUCGAAAAUCGAGGAUAUGUUAUCAGCAUUUCUCCUAUGUUUAAGUUCUAUUAACAGUUGUAAAUAUUUAAUUACCGAAGAACAAAUUGCUUCACGAUUUAUCCGAAAUGUCAAUCAGAUCAACGAAAGGCAAUGUCAUUUAUUUCAAUUGGCAUCUUGGAAUUACGAAACAAAUAUUACAAAAUAUAAUAAAAAUAAAAUGAUAGAACAGGAAAUGCUAAAUUCAAAAAUCACUAAAGAAAAUUGGAAAAAAUUAAUGAAAUUUGACUGGAAACAUUUUUCGGAUCCUCAACUGAGACGUCAGUUUCAUCAUUUAUCGUAUCUAGGAGAUGAAGCAUUAUCUGUUACGAAAUUACGCAAGAAAAGUUCCCUUGAAGCUGACAUGGUCGAUAUUUAUAGUACAACGGUUAUAUGCGAUUUUAAAAAUAAAAAUAAGUGUAACCUAGCUUUAGAUCCAGAUCUAACCAAUAUUUUGGCUAAAUCUAACGACUAUGAAGAGUUGAAACACGUCUGGAAAGAAUGGAGGAAUAAAGUUGGAAGAAAAAUUAAACCUUUGUACUGGAAAUUUGUACAUUUAAGUAAUGAGGCGGCUUUACUGAAUGGAUUUAAAGAUGCGGGAGAAUUUCAGAGAGAUAAAUACGAAAGCCCCACAUUUCUUCAAGAUUUAGAAAAUCUAUGGAAGCAGAUUCAACCCUUAUAUCAACAAUUACAUGCUUAUGUCCGGCGGAAACUGAUACAAAAGUAUGGAAAGGAUAAAAUUAAACAUGAUGGCCCUAUACCGGCUCAUCUCUUUGGUAAUAUGUGGUCACAAGAAUGGCAAAAUAUUUUAAAUCUGGUUAUACCUUAUCGAAAUAAGCCGUCGUUGGAUGUAACACCACAAAUGAAAGCUAAGAAAAUGAAACCAAUACAAAUUGCCAAAUUGGCCGAAGAAUUUUUUGUAUCGUUAGGACUUCGACCAAUGACGAAAGAAUUUUGGAAUAAUUCUCUCUUCGAGAAACCAAAAGAUCGUAAGGUGGUUUGCCAUGCUUCUGCUUGGGAUUUAUGCAAUAAGGGUGAUUUCAGAGUAAAAUUGUGCAUGGAACCUACAAUGGAAUUUUUAAUUACCACUCAUCACGAAAUGGGACACGUACAAUACUAUAUGCAAUACGCAAAGCAGCCUCAUAUCUUCAGAACGGGUGCAAACCCAGGUUUCCACGAAGCCAUUGGUGAUGUUAUGGGUCUCUCUGUAUAUACUCCAAAUCAUCUACAGUCUAUAGGAUUAUUGAACGAUAUAAUUUCAGAUAGAGGUAGAUCUAAAGAUAAAACAUCGUGCAAUUUUUCAAAAUUAAUAUAUUUUAUUGUUAUUUUAGAAGGUGACAUAAACUUUUUAAUGGAAAUGGCAUUGAAGAAGGUAGCCUUUCUACCGUUUGGCUACAUAUUAGAUAAAUGGAGAUGGGGAGUUUAUAGCGGAGAAAUACCCCUUGAAGAAUGGAAUACAAAAUGGUGGGAAAUGAGAUUUAAAUAUCAAGGAAUAUGUCCACCUGUUAGGAGAACGGAAAUUGACUUUGAUCCGGGUGCAAAAUUUCAUGUUCCAGCUAAUACGCCUUAUAUUAGGUACUUUGUCAGCUUCAUUAUCCAGUUUCAAUUUCACGAAGCUCUUUGUCGUGUUUCUGGAUACUUAGGUCCUUUACAUAAGUGCGAUAUAUAUAAUUCCAAAGAGGCCGGAAAACUAAUCAGCGAAAUGAUGCAAAUGGGAUCAUCGCGACCUUGGCCCGAAGCCUUAGAAAAACUUACUGGUGCUCGAAAAAUGAAUGCACAUUCUCUUCUAGAGUACUUCAAGCCUUUAUAUGAAUGGUUGAAAGAAACUAAUAAAGAAGAAAUCAUAGGUUGGGAGACUAUCGAUCCGAAUAUUUGUCCUUAACUCUAUCAUCCUACCUAUU